CGUCGGUUGCUCUGGUGCAAACAUGUGCAUCGUUUAGCCUUCGGCCGGCUUCGGGCUCCUUCGGCGCCUUCUACGUGCUUUUGGUGGAAUAGCGACGACGCACAUCGCAUAGGUGGCGUUGUGCACCACGUUCAGGGAAGAAUUUUGUAAUGACAUGGCAACUCGAGAAAAGAAGCUUUCAAUUAGCCGAAAGCAAAACACAUCGUCUCCUUUACCGCCAAAGGACGAUCUAACACCUCCUGAAAUAAAACCUCCCCCAAACAAUGACACAGCGGAAGAAACACCCGCUCCAAAGCAAUCACCGAAAGCCCCAUCUUUAGCAAAAAAACUGGCACCAAAAACCCCAAAGAAACUAACAAAGAAACCAACCAUCGCGAUCAAACUAAAACCCGCGAUUAAGAAAAACGUGAAAAUUAAACGAAAAAUCAUCAAAGUGAUAGGCAAUAACCCGAAAAAUGCUGAAACUAAAAAGAAAUUGCUCAAGAAUUGCGUCAAGCAAAUCAAACCGAAAAAAGCAAAAGUUGAGAAAAGCGAAGAGACGUUACCCCCUGUUCUGGAACCGAUUCUACCAAUUGAAGAGGACGCUGAUAACAAACAAGUCAGGAAAAAAGGCGGACGCGCGCCACGAAUCGACAAUUACGCCAAAAACGAACUAUUAGUCGAUCCCGCAAAAAAUAAACGCGUCUACAAGAAAAAAAUCAAAGCUGAAAACAGCGAGUCGAUUGAAGACGUCAUGAACGAUCUGAAUUCGCUCAUCAAAGGCGAGAGUAAAGAGGAAUCCGACGUGGUGUCAGAAUCGGGCAAAAGCGACUCCCUAAAGGCGAAAAAAAUCGUCAAAAGACGCAAGAAAGAAAACAUUGAGAACACCCUAAGCAAGCUGAGUCCUUCCCAGCGCAAAGUAAUCGACAUGCUGGACUUGAACGUCAGCAAAUUCAAGGACUUGCCAGUGGUUAAAAGGCGCCACAGCAUUGAAAAAUUCCCGAUUGGGAUUGUAGACACCGAUGGACCAAACCUCAACCGACUGUCAAUUUUCAAUAACUUACCUCGCUGUAUUAGCCCUCGUUCGAAAAAUUUCCCUAGGUUAAGGCAAACAGUGGAUGGGUUCAACCGCCGGUCGAAUCCUUACAAGACCAGGUCGGACUCACCGGCCCGCAUUUUGCGGAAUGGAAAACAGAGGAAACUGAAAGAUUUGGAACUGCUGGAAGGUCUGGACAUUACACACAAGCGGCGACGACGGAACUAUUCCGAGUUCAGCGGCAGCGAAAUGUCCAAGUUUUCAGGCUACGAGUCCGAUAGUAGCUUCUCGGACUUGUCGUCAGUACACGGUGCUGAAAAUCCUGAAACGAAGGACAUGGACGGCAUCAAGAAGGAGAAAAUUGAAGACGAUGGCAAUCCUCCCGCCGUUUCGGCUGAAACCGACCACAAUUUCACCGACACCAACUCGAAUCUUUGCCUGAAUAAAGACGUUUCGGUUAAGGACGAACGAGACGUCCUGGACAGCAUGCCAUCGGCCCCCAGCUCCAAAGUUCCUGAAAAAUCGAUAAUCCUCGACAUCAUGAAGCAAGCCUUCAAUGAUCCCUUCGAGGAAGACAAACAGAAAAAGAAGACUUCUGUCGAAGACGUGAAAAUCGAACCAACAACCGAAAAUUCCGAAGAUAAAAACCAAGAGGAAGUGGUCGAAAAUGGCGAAAAUGUGACUGAAGAAGUCGCCAAUGGUGAAGUUAUCUCAAACGGCGACGCACAAAUUGAAGAAACCGCCGAAAACCUCGCGAUCAAAGAAAACAUCCUGCAAGCUUUAGGCUUGCAAAGUUUGAAGGCAGCUAAGGAAGCGCGACUGAAGAGCAAGGAAAAGGCCGAACCCAAGAGCGACCUGUACACCGGGACGCUCAAAACCGUCAUCAAAAUCAACCGCGGCGAGAAGAAGAAAGGGAGGAACAUGAAGAUGACUUUGCACAAAACCAAGAAGAGCGAGUGUGAUAACGGCGACGACCACAAAUUAAAAGAAGGGCCGUCCACAAGCUGGAAACAUGGUGGUCAGUCGUCGGAAUCGGCCGGUGCGCACAGAAAAUCACAUUAUUCUAACCGCUCUAACAUGGAUGGCAGCAGUGAGCACACGUCCGAUGGCGAGACCGGGGCGCAGGAAGGAUCGACCAAAGCUUUGGUCAUACCGGAGAAAGCUAGUUCCUUCAGUAUACACCCGGGGAGGAUCUGCAAGGACGAAUGUUCCUAUUGCUACGGCAAGUUCGGACUGUUCGAUACUCCGUGUCAUAUCGCACAAAUGAAGAGCGUCGAAAGGCAGAAUAAAAUUCUAGCCGCCGAAAAACAUCUAACGCGCGAUUCUUGCCUUUGUGACGCUUGUUAUCGCCACGUUGACCGUAAGGCCAACACGCCCUCUUACACGAACAAAUCUUACAAGAGAAGUGCAACCGUUGCACCAGGACCUAGACAGGAUCACUGCCACGUGUUGGGGUGUCGUAAAGUCGCCACAAAUAUACUGCGGAGGAAGUGGAUAAUUAAAAUGAGGAGGAGUAUUUGCGAAGUGAUAAACAUAGAUUUAGAUAAUCCUGGUCUUCAUUCUAUUCCUAUUUGUGAUGAGCAUUACUCGGCCCUUGAAUACCUCAUGGUGUGUGCUAUGUGUAAAAGGAGAUUAGCUAAGAAUCACGUUCAUUAUUUGGGACCUGAAACCGUCGAUUUAAACUUAGCUUUGACCACGGAAGGAAUUCCCUUAAGUUUAACCGAUAAACCGGUCGUUUGCAAACUGUGUAAAUAUUUCGCUACGAUUAUUCUCAAACCGCCUGAAGAUCGGCCCGAAAACAGCUCAACCUUUUUUGUUGAAUACAAGAAGAGGCUGCUUCAUUUCAACGAUAUCGUCCCGAUGGAUGAAGCGGCGGCCGAAGAGCCGAUAAUAAUUCCCACAAAGGACAGCAAGAUAGAAAAAGAGCAAGUCCGGAAGAAACGGAAGAUAUCAAAGAACCAGUCAGUGCCCGGAGACGGUUCAGAUUCUCAGGUAGAAGUAGAAAAAUCGGACCAAAGUCGUGUGCCUUCAACCGAUUCAACAAACCAAUCACGUCCAGAAUCUCCCUCUGACUACAUGGUGGACUACAACACUUUAAUUCCAUCCAUAGCAAUGGAAUGUGGCAGUGAUAGUGAAUCUAAAAAAGAACAACCACCAAAACCAACCCAUUUGAAGAAAGUCGGACGUCCAGAAACCAUCAAACAAGCAGUGGAAAUAUCAAAGAACAUGAAACUGAAAAACGACAAAAGUAGUGAUAUCGCGGUCCAAAGACUAGGAUCAAAUCCUUCCAUAUCAGUCCGACAAUUGUUCCCUUGCGAGGAAGAUCUUCCACUUCAGGGCACCAUAGAAUUCGGCAACGUCAAAGAACGGACGCCCGAAGGCUGGGAGAAGUGCACCUCAGUCAUACAAUACGACAUGGAAACCAAACACUUAUGGCAAGAAUUGCAAAAACCAUACGGAAACCAAAGCAGCUUCCUGAGACAUUUAAUCCUCCUAGAGAAAUAUUUCCGCAACGGUGAUUUAAUCCUAGCACCCAACGCUAGCCACCAUUCAAUCAACUACAGCGAAUCGGUCCACAACCGCCUCCGAGCCUACGACAACAUCCCAUCAAGCGCUGGCAACGUCCAACCCAUCAGCAUGAUCCCAUUCAACAAAGUCCAGAAAAGUACCAACGGAAUCGUCACCACCGCCAACACAAACCCGGCCAAAGAACCCCUACCUGCAGUCCCACCAACCAUAAACGCAGCAAACGUCCCCAAAAGCACCCCCAUUACAAUAUCCCAGCUAAACAGCCCCCCUUUAAUCCCACCUAACCCCCCGCCCCCCAAACCCAAGCCCGUGGGCGCCCCCCCAGGCCUCAUCUCCCUGCACCCUGGCACCAACCGACCAGUGGCCCCCCUAGUCAAAGCCCCCCAAUCCCAGAAAAUCAAAUUCCCGAUAACGAAAAACUGGCGACCGAAUUUAAUCCCAAUCGACCCUUCGAAGAAAAACUCCGAACGCAAAGCCGGCUUGGUGCAGGUGAUUUCGGGCGGGAAACCCUACCAUAUCACUCUAGAAGACUACAAAAAAAUGUGUGCUAUCAAGAAGAGUUUCGAGCUGAAGCAGAAGCGACUCCAGGAGGCGGCAAAAGGGGCGCAAACGUCGGUGCUAAAGGCGGUAACGCCGCGCAAAAGCUUGAUGAUUUCCAAGGGGAAGGCCGAAGAGUCGGAGACGAUUUUAGACAAGUUGGACAAGCAAGUGGAAAAGUUAGAAUCGAGACUGAACGAAAAUAAACCGCCGUUAUCACUUCCGAAAAUACCUAAAUCGUUGACGGUUAUCCCGCAGACGGUGACUCGAAAACCCUCCCGGCCUUCAAGUCCCGUUCUACUAAUUACCCCCAAACCAAAACAGAUAGCAAACAAGUCAUGAUUAAUUCUGACGUGUUUUACAAAGUGCCUCAAAGAAAUCGUCUUUUGUACGCUAGAAGAGAGAUUGAAUAUAUCGACAGUUUUGUUUUUUAUUUUAUGCAAAUAAAUUGUUGGCGGAAUUGUAAGUUUGCUUUGAUUAUAUUGUUACGAGAUUGACACGAGUUAGAGGAUAUUUUUUUAUGUAACUUGUAAAUAUCCCAAUCCACUCUUAAACGACGUAUGUGUUCAGUAGCUGCAUACAUGAUUUCGUUUGGUCAAAAUUCCAGCAAUAACGGUCGUCUUUCCAUUACCAAUUUAUAGUUUCGAGUACUUAGAAAGAAGGGAAAAUGUACAAACAGUGCGAGUGUUUGCACGUUUUUCGGUUCCAAUGCUCAUUAAUCAUUUAAUUGUAAUCCUAAUUUAUUACAGUUUUAGUAUUUUUGUAUACCUAUGUUUAGUUGGAUGUUAUUGGCUUGUAAUGAUUUGUGCCGGUCAGAUGAUCGGCUAGAAUGUGAAAUUGAAAAGUCUGAAAUAUUGUUAAUUUUUCUGAAACCUGUAUAAAGCCCACUAUUUGAAGUUACUAGUUAAUUCAUUAUAAUUAUUUAUGUACAUAAACCGGGCGUUACAAUAAUUGAAAAUAAAUAAUUUAAUACA